AUGUCACGUCUUCGAUCGGACACCUACAUCAAACCAGGUUCAGAAAGUAGUUUCGAUAGCGAUGAGGGUCCAGCAAGAAGGUUCGGACAAUCAUCAAUAGAGUCAUAUUGUUGUAUGGCCAAUAUUUCAUUAAGGAAAGCAAUCAUUGGCUCCGCUUUUGCUACGAUCAUUCAAGCGGUCAUUACGUUCUAUUCCAUUCUCCUUGGAUGUGGCAUAACGAUGCAAGACAUACUCGUGUCGUUUGUGCCAAUAAUUACCGCAACUCUUGCGACAAUUUCUCUCUCGUUCUCUUACCUUCACCAAAGCGCAACUUCGAUUCGUCCAUACAUUGUUCACCAUCUUGUUUUUCUUGUGAUGACCCUUCUUUGGUUUACCUUAUAUAUGCUCGUCUAUUUCCGGCAAGAAACCGCAUUGGAUAUUGCCGAAAACCUAGCUAAACGUUCAUCAAUGUUUGCCGCACUUCUGAAAGAGGAUAUCAAAUAUUUAUUUGGUGGUUACCUAGUCCUUCAAUUGUUGACCAGUAUCAUUUGCCUCCACUUUGGCAUCGCUGUUUAUUUGGUCUUGGACAAUGUCGUUCGCUAUAUUAGCGCCGAAGGAACCGAAAUUGUUUGA